AUGGCACCCCCCAUCAUCGACUCCCACAUCCACCUCUACCCCGCCUCGGAAGCCCCCUCCCUCGCCUGGUUGACGCCGACGCACCCCCUCGCGGGGCAGCACUCGGUCCACGAGUUCCGCGCCGCCACCGGCACCACCACCACCACCACGGCCACGGCCACGGACACGCCAGUAGCGGGCUUCGUAGUGGUCGAAGCGGACCGGCGCAACGACGCCGGGCGGGACUGGACGGGCCCGCUGGCGGAGGUGGCGUGGAUGGCGCGGGUGGCGACGGGGGCCGGGGUGCGGGCGGGCGAGGGCCACGCGGCGGACGACGCGCCGCUGUGCCUGGGCCUGGUGCCGUGGGCGCCGCUCGCGCGCGGGCCGGACGAGCUGGGCCGGUAUCUGGAGAGCGCGGAGGCCGAGGCGGGCCCGGCGGCCUGGGCGCGCGUGAAGGGGUUUCGGUAUUUGUUGCAGGAUAAGGAGAAUGGCACCGCGUUGGGGGAGGAGUUUGUGGAGGGGUUGAAGAUGCUGGGGAGGAAGGGGUUUGUGUUUGAUGUUGGUGUGGAUCAGCAUCGGAGGGGGAGGGUGCAGUUGGAGGAGGUGGUUGAGAUGAUUGAUCGGGCGCAUGAGGGGGUGGAGGAGGAGGAGAAAGUAGUGUUUGUUUUGAAUCACCUGUGCAAGCCCGACUUGACGAUUCUCAACCAGACGGACCCGUCAUUCAUUGCAUGGCGCACUGCCAUGUUCACACUCAGCAAGUGCCACAAGACAUACAUGAAGCUGAGCGGCUGCUUUGCCGAGUUGCCGGACAAGCUGAAGGAGCGGUCUGCCGAGGACAUUUUUGCGGCCAUCAUUCCGUGGCUGGCGGUCGUGGUCGCGGCGUUCGGCCCGAGCCGGAUCAUGUUUGGCAGUGACUGGCCUGUCUGCGCGGUGGGCGUGGGUGAUGAUGCAUGGAAGAAAUGGCGCAAGGUCGUUGACAUGGUGUGCGAUAUGGCCGGCUUGAGCGAAGAGGACCAGGCGAUGCUCUGGGGCGGGACGGCCAAGGUGGCUUACAAGCUCGAGGGCUAG